CGCGUCAGUCGAUUAAUAGCACAGAUGAGCAAGCUCAACACCGAUACCCUCAAGGAAGGCGUCACGUUCCUCUUGGAAAAGUCCAAGGAGAAGCCGCGCAAGUUCGUGGAGACGAUUGAACUUCAAAUUGGUUUGAAGAACUAUGAUCCGCAAAAGGACAAGCGUUUCAACGGCACCGUCUCGUUGCCGGUGAUUCCGCGCCCGAAGCUCAAGAUGUGCAUCUUGGGCGACGCCAAGCACUGCGAAGAGGCGACCGGGAACGGCAUCGACUCGAUGGACGUCGAGGCGUUGAAGAAGCUCAACAAGAACAAGAAGCUCAUCAAGAAGCUCGCGAAGAAGUACCAACACUUCUUGGCGUCGGAGUCUGUGAUUAAGCAAAUUCCUCGUCUCCUUGGUCCGGGUUUGAACAAGGCCGGUAAGUUCCCGACGCUCGCCACUCACAACGAGCCGCUCGAGAACAAGAUCAACGACGUCAAGUCCCAAGUCAAGUUCCAGCUUAAGAAGGUUCUUUGCUUGGCUGUCGCCGUCGGUCACGUCGAAAUGACGGAGAAGGAGUUGUUUAUCAACAUCCAAAUGUCCGUCAACUUCUUGGUCUCUUUGUUGAAGAAGAACUGGCAAAACGUCAAGUCUUUGUACAUCAAGACCACGAUGGGCCCGCCCUUCCGCUUGUUCUAAGCGACCACUUCCGAUGAAGCAUCAUCCCUGAAGUCGCGCGUUUACGCGCGACUUUAGCGUACACCAAGUCACCGCAGCCACACUUGAGCCCCACUGGGACCAUGCCCAGUGAAACGGCGUAGCUACGGGAGUCGUUGGUAGCUGCUUAACCGCAGCGACGCUUGCUUUGUCUGUUUUAAUCAAACUUCGUCUGGCAACUUGCCAGUCGUUGUGACGACGCGAAGAGACUAAAAUACUACAUAAACAACGUUGUUAUGAAACACCAAUCUCGUAAUGAC